AGAGACGUCGAAUACAUAAUCAUUUUCUGUCGUUCUCUGUUUCAUAUAAUAUUAUUUACAUACAAAAGUGUCUGUAUGUCUAUUAAUACAAUAUAGCAAGAUUUAUUAACGUACAAUAUGAUACUUCAAACAUGGGAAUCCUUAGAUAAAAUUGUGAGAAAAGAUGUAAUAAAGUCAGGCCAUGUUUCUAAAAAGCCGACAGAAUGUUCCAAAUGCGAAAUUAGUAUUGGAACUGUAAAUGUUGUCAAUGCCUCAGUAGAAGACUUGAAGAAAGAGUUUAAAUCUGAAAUUUUAGAUGGCUCAAGUAGGAAAACAUUAAUUAUUGGUGAAGCUAAUUGUGAAAUAGAUCGUCAAAUUGAACGAGCAAUUCAAAUGAUGAAUGUCCUUGAAAUGAGUUUAAUUACUCUACAUCCAUCAUUGGAAGGUGUAGAUAAACCUAUAACUAUUACAUUUGAAACAAUACUGAAUAAGAUAGAACCAUACAAGCCAAUUUGGGAAUGGACACCAGAAGAGAAAUAUUCAAUAGCAUUAAAAUACAAAAAGAUGGGGGUUCAUUUAUUUAAAGAAUGUAGAUAUGUAGAUGCAUUUCAUAGAUUUAGUAAAGCUUGUAAAAUUCUUAUAACAUUAGAGCCAAUACAUGAUUUAGAAUUAGAUGCAAAAUUAGAAAGUGAUAUUAAUAAUUUGCGACUUGUAUUAUACAACAACAUGGCUGGAUGUCAAUUAAAUCGUAAGAAUUAUGAACAUACCAUAUCAUUGUGCACAAAAGUUUUAGAUAAGGAAAAUAAUAAUGUUAAAGCAUUGUAUAGAAGAGGGGUAGCUCAUGGAAAUUUAAAUGAUGUAGAAAGGGCUGUUAAUGAUUUAAAAAUUGCUACUGCUUUAGAACCACAUAACUCUGCAUUAAAGGAACAAUUUUUAAUUUGUAAUAAGAAAUUACAAGAAGCAAAUCAAAAAUUUGAGGAUAUGGUUAGAAAAAUGUUCAAAACCUAAUUCUUGAUUUGCAAUGAUACAUUUCUAUGAAGAAAUGAAAAACAAAAACGUUGCAUUUUGUAAAUAAAAAAAUAUGCAUUUACUUUUAUUCACAAGAAUUUACACUAUAAUUAGCUUAAAUUACUUAAAAAGUACAAUAAAGAAAAUUGUUGCAAAAUGCAACAAUAUUAUGUGGUUACAUUUGUCCGCAUUUGUAUUAUUACAAUAUUGUUAUAAAAGUGUAUUUGAAUCAUCACAAUCAAACACAAACAAAUGAUAAAAAUAUAACGUUUCUACUAAACAAUUACAUUACAUCAUUUACUAUAUGUUUUGAAUCCUUACUCACACUAUAUUAUAUUGCAAGUUGUAUUCAAGUUUUUAAAUAAAAUUUGAAAGUUAUCUUUAUGCUUGUAUUUUCUUCCUGUUUUAUAGUUUAAUGAACUUACUACAUUAGUUACAGGCUGCAAUAAAGAUACUUUUACAUUAAACAAAAAUUUAUUAAGAGCUGUGCUACAUUUCAAAAUAAAAAUUAUUCCUUCAGCUGCAUCUAUAUAAUUUAAUUUUAAUUUGAUAGAUAUACGAAACUGCAUAAUAAUUAAAAUAGUAUGUAUAAGAUGUGAACUGAUUUUGUCAUUUCCUAUACUUAAAUAAGGUAUAAAAUUAAAAUGUAUUUUUUAUAUUAUAGUAAAGAUAACCAAUAAUAGGCAGAAAAAACUGAUAAACAAUAUGUUACUUAAACCACCACCUUAAAACUACAUUAUCCCACAUUACUUUGCAACUUUCGUUUUUAAUAAACAUUCAAGUACAAACAUAAUAAAUUAAUUUUAGAAACAAUGGUGUCUAAUAUAUACUCAAAAAUGAAUACUAUCCGAAAUGAUGAGUUAUUUUUUCAAUAAUUAUGCUCACAUGUUAUGUUCACAAAAUUAAUUCCUAUUUGGCAAGAAGGUUAAAUAUUAACAUACUUUUCAAUGAGCAUAGUAUUUCUUGAAACAACAAUCAUAUUAUACAUGCAAAUUUGAGUACUAUUAAUACCAGAUUAACAACAAAAUUCAUCUUAUGAACCGUUGUUAUGCCUUUAACUAGCUACGUUGAUAAAUAUAAAAUGUUAAACUUACGUUUAUUCAUUUCUUAGUUUCAUAAAAAAGACACAAUAAUGUCAAAGGAAGAAGGUAAAAUUAUGAUUUUAUUGGUGAUCCUUUACACUUUUGUCAGCAUAUAAUUCACAGCUCAUAAGAUGUUAACAAAUUGUAGUUACUUAUUUGUUUGACGACGAUCCUAAUAAACGUAUAAACUAAGUACAUGGCAUAUGUGUGUAUUUAAUUGACUGUAAUUACAUAUAUCAUAAAUUUUAAUCAGAAUUUAUUAAACGUGAAGAACACGGAGUCAUAUUUACAUUUUCGUUUAUUAAAAAAAGAUUAAUCAAUAUAAUAGUAACUGAUGUAGAAUAAAUCUGGCACAGAUGUAAUUUAACAAUGUUAAUUCGUACACAGAACGAUGCAUAAACAUACAAACUAUAUAUGGUUCAAAUUUCGUCUCAAAAAUAUUAUAAUACGGCUUUUGUGACCUUGAAAUGCGCUUAUGUAUAUUUUUCUACUUAAAAAGUCAAAUAUGAAUUUAAUAAUAUUAAAAAAUGUAAAAGUAUUUGUUGCUAGAACGUUGCUUUGUUUCCCUUUUCCCUUUUUUAUUUCGAUAUACAUGCACGGCAUGUUCCAGUACUCACGGUAGAAAACUAAGAAGAGGCUGAUUCCUUUUCAGAAAAUAAAUCAGAAACAUAAAAUAAAAUUUUUUUAUAUGAUACUUUAUGUCAAACAAAAAAUUUUGUUUUGUGAUACUAACUUAUUUUCUAGUUAUACCAUGAUUACUGGGAAAUUUUGUAUUUUUCAAUAUAAAAGAAAUAAUUAAAAUGGAUCAUAAACAUUAACAACCCUAAGACAAUAGUUUUUGUUCGAAUUACAGUAUUAUUUACCAGUAAUUAUGGAAUUUUAUGUCACUAACAAUGCAUGUAGUAAUCAUAGACAAUACUAGUAACCACGAUUUUCAACAAUCUAUUAGGGAAUUGUAAUCAAAAAUAUACUGUAUAUACAUUCACAGUCGUUAUUAAUUUGUAUACCCAACACACUCUCUGUUUUUUUCUUUUUUUUUUUUACUUUUUGUGACUUAACAAACAUUAUUAACAAAAGUUAUUUAUGGCCUCGUAUUAAACGUUCAAAACAAUGAAAUUUUGUUAUGCCACUUACUGGUUGCAAUACAUUAAUGUAUGUUUUUAAUGCAC